UUCUUGAAAUUGAGAAGUACCAAUAAAAAUAUUGAGGUUAAGUUAUUUGUGUACGUUUACAUAUUUACUUCAGAUGUUUUUAUAGAGAGAGUUAUAAUUGAACUGGAAAAUGGAAACAAAAAGCAUAGAAUGAGUUACGAUGAUGUUAUACCAUUACUGGGAGAUUUUGGAAGAUAUCAAAAAAAAAUUUAUUUUUUGUUGUGUUUACCAGCUAUAUUAUGUGCCUUUCACAAGUUCGGAAAUGUGUUCAUGAUAGCUGAACCGAAUUACAGGUGUAAGUUACCAAUUGAACCAAUAAAUGCUAGUUACCACCUUAACAGUAGCAUAAUAAAACAGUAUUAUCCCUGGGAUUCUAGAAAUAACAAAAGUUCUUCAUGUGAUAUUAUAAUUAAUAACAAAACACAAACCUGUGAAAAGUAUAUAUUUGACGAUGCAGUAUAUGGAUAUACAUCAGUGAUAGAGUACGACUUAACAUGUAAAAAUGCGUAUCUUAUUGCUACAUCUAAUUCACUUUUCAUGGUUGGAGUUAUGAUUGGAUCAAUUGUUUUUGGAGAAUUAUCUGACAGAUAUGGCAGAAAAAUUACAUUUUUUAUAUCUUUGGUAACUCAACUUGUUUUUGGAAUAAUAACUGGUUUUGCCCCUGAAUAUUGGACUUUUACAAUAGCUAGAGCUAUUGUUGGAGCUACUACAUCCGGAGUUUUUCUUGUUGCUUAUGUUAUAGGUUUAGAAAUGGUAGGUCCUUCCAAGAGAACAAUAGCUGGAACCGUUACUCAAAUGUUCUUCUCACUUGGAUAUAUGUUAACUGCUGUUUUUGCACUCUACAUUUACAACUGGCGAAAAUUACAAUUUGCUUUAACUAUUCCAGGAGUUCUAUUUUUAUGUUACUGGUGGUGCAUUCCCGAAUCGGCGAGGUGGUUAAUAAGUAAGAACAAAAUUACUGAAGCAAAGAGACUGAUUCAGAUAGCUGCUAAAUAUAAUAAAGUAACUAUAUCUGACGAUACACUGAAUUCACUCCUGGCUUCCACAGAAAAUCAAAAAAAGACUAAAGACCCUAACCAAAAAUCUCCAUCAGUAUUAGAUAUCUUUAAACAUUCUAGUUUACGAAAAAGGGCACUUAUAAUCUUUUUUGACUGGUUUGCCAAUAAUAUCACCUACUAUGGUUUAUCAUGGAACACAAACAAUUUAGGAGGAAACCCGUAUUUAAAUUUUGUUAUAUCGGGUGCAGUGGAAAUUCCAGCAUAUAUAUUUGUGCUAUUAACUUUAAAUCGUUGGGGUAGGAAAAAAGUUAUGUGUGGAUGUAUGAUAUUAGCGGGAUGUGCAUUACUUUUGACUAUGGCUGUUCCAAAGGAUCAUCACUGGUUGGUUGUUACUUUGGCAAUGAUAGGGAAAUUAGCUAUUACUUCAAGUUAUGGAGCUGUGUACAUUUUUUCUACUGAGCAGUUCCCGACUGUAAUACGAAAUGCCGGACUAGGAGCUGGUUCCACUUGUGCUCGGUUGGGGUCUAUAAUUGCUCCUUAUAUUAAUUUAAUGACUCGUAUCUGGAUCCAUUUACCUCUUUUAAUAUUUGGAACACUCUCAUUGAUUGGCGGUGUUUUGUCCUUGGCUUUACCAGAAACUCUUAAUAGAAAAUUACCAGAAACUAUAGAAGAAGGCGAAGCAUUUGGAAGAAAAAUUAAAGACGGUGAAGAAUCUAACAAAAUGGUCAACUCGGUGAUAGUUGAAAACGUACAGGGCCUACCGAUUAAUGAUGAACAGAGUGAAGCAGAAUUAAAAUUAUUACAAAAUGGCAGUACUUAAAAAGCAUUUUUACAUGCUUGCUGUUUUGCCUAAUAUGUAUCACAUUUUUAAUUUUUGACCAUCACUUUAGGUAUCCAAGAUUUGUGUGUGUGUAUAUGUCUGUGUUAAUGUAUGUUAUGUGUAUGUAUAAAUAUAUGUACACACUGUGUCUCACUUUUUAUGGAACCACCCAUAUAUUUUGUUUAUUUUAGAUUGAAAAGUUGUGACAUUUUAGCAGGAAAUAAUAAUUUUUAUAACACGAUUAUUCGGAUGUUACCCAAUUUGAAUUUAGUCACAGAUAUCCAGUUCUAAAAAAUAUUUAGUUUUUUCCUACUUUAAUAUAACCGUUAAUUUAAAAACUAUCAAAGUUAGAUAAUUUUUUUUUUCUUUCAAUAAACUAUCAAAUUCUUGAGGAACUUUCUUUAUCUAAUCUUUAAAAAAAUAUGCAUUUAGGAUCCUUUCUAAUACACGGCAUAAGAAGAAACAAAAUUACGUUAAAAUAAGUAAAUAAUUAUCUCCUUUUCUGGAGCACUAUGAAGAAAAAAGCUUACAAGGAUAGGCUUUGUACGAGACAUAUCCACAAAGAGUAUUAAAUUUUUUAAAAAUCGAAACAGCAGUAUAUUUAUGACAAAUUUAAAAAUAUUCAGAAACAUACAACAAACACUAUUUUUCAAUGCCUUCAACCUCAAUGCACUUUGUGAGCCGAGGAAUGAGCUUUCCGAUACCUUUGUCAGUUCCAAGUGCUCAAAAAAUUCCCAUGAAAAUACGAUUCUGUUGACGUGAGCUGUUUUGGUACCGAUCUUGCACACAAUUUUCAAUAACUAAAUGUUUCAGUAAUAAUUUGCUACAGAAGAGGUCUGGAUAUUUGUAGAAACAAUGCGUUCAUCUCAUCCAAAGUCAAUCGACGGUCGACACAAACCAUUUCUUUGAUCUUAUUCACCAUCUCAUCAGUCACGAUUGAGGGAUGCUCACUCCUUUGUACAUCAAGGACAUUCGUUCUGUUAGCUUUAUAGACACGACACCACUUAUACACAUUGUACGAUUCAUCACACCAUCCUCAUAAACAGUUUUAAUUUCGUUAAAAAUCUGGGAUUACCCCUUUCUCUUUGCAAGAAGAAACCAAAUUAGGCUUCUCACCACGCUGCUGGGAUUCGAAAAAGCAGAACUCAUUUCAACACGCCACUACAACAACAGUUCUCAACUGACUGAGACAAAUGAGGUUGCUUUUGGCUCUACCACCUUGGCCUUGAAUGCAGUGUUGCAAUUUUGUCGAAAAUUAAAACCACAGAGCAUCAGUCUCAGUACUCUUAUUUUAAAAAGAAAAUUAUGCAGACGCGACGAAAUUUCUAGGCAAGAAAAGAAAAAAUUAUAAAAAGUUGGUUAGUUUUUUAAUGUUGCUAUUUUUUGUUUUUUUUUUUUUCAUGUAUGUGAAUAUUUUCAAUUAUAAUAAUUUCAGCUUAAGGAGCAAACAGAUUCUUACGCUAAAUUUUUAUUACUAACUAUAUAAAAAAGUCUGCUCGAGUAUCGAAUAGCUUAAUAAAAUACAAUAAGUAAAAGCUUAUCUAACUUUAACUUAACGGUUAAGCAAAAGUAAAAAAAAGAACUAAAUUUUCAAUUUCACACAAGAAAGAUAUAAGAGUGGUUCAACGAAAAGUGGAACAUAAUGUAUAUUGUAACCCCGUUUUAUUCUGAUCAACUGGAACCACAUCCAAUUCUGAUGGUCGUAAAUUUGUGUAACCCAGAAAGUUAAUUAUUUAAAUAUAAAAUGAUAAUACAUAUAUCAUUUUAAUUACUGCACAUUAUGUCAAAGCAAAAUUAGUUUAGAACUAAAGAAAGAUUAUGUAGUAUGAUCUAUGUAAACCGUAAAUUCAGAUUAACGAGAUUUGGAUAAACGGAGUUCCAGUGAUCUAUAUAAAAUGAAAACACCCUUAUAAAAUAGGUAUUAAUUCUGAGAUAUACAUCGGAUUUUUUUUAUAAGGUGGUA